UGGGGCCAAUUGGAGGCGCAGCCACCGCUCGACCCGGGCGCUGCGCGCAGGCGGUGGCGGAGAGACGCCGAGCGGGCCGAGUGCGGCCGAGCAGAGCCGGAGCCGAGCGGGGCCGCAGGAGCCGGGCCGGGUGUGGACCGGCCGAGAUGCCCUAUAAACUGAAGAAGGAGAAGGAGCCCCCCAAGCUUGCCAAAGGCACAGCCAAGCCCAGCAGCUCAAGCAAAGAUGGUGGCGGCGAGAACACCGAGGAGGCCCAACCCCAGCCUCAGUCUCAACUACCAUCAUCCAACAAGCGUCCCAGCAACAGCACACCACCUCCCACACAGCUCAGCAAAAUCAAGUACUCAGGUGGGCCCCAGAUUGUCAAGAAGGAGCGAAGGCAGAGCUCCUCCCGCUUCAACCUCAGCAAGAACCGGGAGCUACAAAAGCUUCCUGCCUUGAAAGAUUCACCAACCCAGGAGCGGGAGGAGCUGUUUAUCCAGAAGCUACGCCAGUGCUGCGUCCUAUUUGACUUUGUGUCGGACCCACUCAGUGACCUCAAAUUCAAAGAGGUGAAGCGAGCAGGACUCAACGAGAUGGUGGAGUACAUCACCCAUAGCCGUGAUGUUGUCACUGAGGCCAUCUACCCUGAAGCUGUCACCAUGUUUUCAGUGAAUCUCUUCCGGACGUUGCCACCCUCAUCGAAUCCCACAGGAGCAGAGUUUGACCCUGAGGAAGAUGAGCCUACCUUGGAAGCUGCCUGGCCACAUCUCCAGCUCGUGUAUGAGUUUUUCUUACGUUUCUUGGAGUCUCCAGAUUUCCAGCCAAACAUAGCUAAGAAGUAUAUCGACCAGAAGUUUGUACUUGCUCUUCUGGACCUGUUUGACAGUGAGGACCCUCGAGAGCGGGAUUUUCUCAAGACCAUUUUGCAUCGCAUCUAUGGCAAGUUUCUGGGGCUCCGGGCUUAUAUUCGUAGGCAGAUCAACCACAUCUUCUACAGGUUCAUUUAUGAGACAGAACACCACAAUGGGAUCGCUGAGCUCCUGGAAAUCCUGGGCAGCAUCAUCAAUGGUUUUGCCCUGCCCCUUAAGGAAGAGCACAAGAUGUUUCUUAUCCGUGUCCUGCUUCCCCUUCACAAGGUCAAGUCCCUGAGUGUGUACCAUCCUCAGUUGGCAUACUGUGUGGUACAGUUCCUGGAGAAGGAGAGCAGUCUGACUGAGCCGGUGAUUGUGGGACUUCUCAAGUUUUGGCCCAAGACCCACAGCCCCAAGGAGGUAAUGUUCCUGAAUGAGCUAGAGGAGAUUCUGGAUGUCAUUGAACCCUCGGAGUUCAGCAAAGUGAUGGAACCACUCUUCCGCCAGCUUGCCAAGUGUGUCUCCAGCCCCCAUUUCCAAGUGGCAGAGCGUGCCCUCUAUUACUGGAACAACGAGUAUAUCAUGAGCCUGAUCAGUGACAAUGCUGCCCGAGUCCUCCCCAUCAUGUUUCCUGCACUCUACAGGAACUCCAAAAGCCACUGGAACAAGACAAUCCACGGGCUGAUCUACAACGCUCUCAAGCUGUUCAUGGAAAUGAAUCAGAAGCUCUUUGAUGACUGUACACAACAAUACAAGGCAGAGAAGCAGAAGGGCCGGUUUCGAAUGAAGGAAAGAGAAGAGAUGUGGCAGAAGAUUGAGGAGCUGGCCAGGCUUAAUCCCCAGUACCCUAUGUUCCGAGCUCCUCCUCCACUGCCCCCUGUGUACUCUAUGGAGACAGAGACCCCCACAGCAGAGGACAUCCAGCUUCUGAAGAGGACGGUGGAGACAGAGGCUGUGCAGAUGCUAAAGGACAUCAAGAAGGAGAAAGUGCUGCUUCGGAGGAAGUCAGAGCUGCCACAGGACGUGUACACCAUCAAGGCACUGGAGGCACACAAGCGGGCAGAAGAGUUCCUAACUGCCAGCCAGGAGGCUCUCUGACCCCCUCACCUUCCCACAGGGCUACAGCCCACUCAGCCCCUGGACGUGGCCCGGCCCUUCACCCUCUGCUCCUUUACUGGCUGACUUGGGACAAGGCAGCAACUCUCUGGCUACUCUAGAGGAUGCAGGCACUGGAAGCGGGGGACACCCAGUGUGGUCCUUCUCCCCAAACUGAGUUCAUGCCUCCCUGUGGCUAGUACAGACAGGCUGAGCACUGAGUGCUCAGUGCUUUGACAACCUGGGGAUGCCUGUCCUCCUCCUGCUCCUAGUCCCACAGCUAUCUGAGGUUGCUCUGAGAAAUACACACACAGGAACCGUCUGUUCCUCUCCUCUCCCCAUUCGUCUUCAUCUGAACUCUUAGGUGUCUCUCUGUCCUACAGAGGGGAGCAGUAGGAGAUUCUCACCAAAGUUAUGUCAAACCCUCUUUGGCCCCUGGAGUCAGGAGCUGGAGGGGAGCCAACCCCCAGCAGCACAAAUAGGCCCCAGCAUUAUGCAGAUGGAAGGGGGUGUAUUUCCUUUCACCCCUUGCCUGACCAAGAUAACACAGGUCAACAGGAGGAAAGUAUGUUAUGGACACUAGAUGAGUAUAGGGUCCAGUGGACCAAGGGAGGGAGAGUGAACUACCCACCCUGUGCCCCUCUUUGGUGAGCAGCAGCCCUGGGAUUACAAACAUGGAAGGGACCACCCUAUGGCUGACUGCUUUCUUGUGCUGUUGGUUCCCAAAGCUUUAAAGAAGGAAGCAGGGAGCAAUGCCCGAAGCAUGGCUCCUCCCAACACCUAUUUUAUUUCCUUGUUUGUGCCGAAUCUGGGCAGGCCCUUACCUGUACCUUCUAGGCACAUGGAGCAAGGGGCUGGGGAAGGCUGGACCAGGUUCCAGGGGCACAGGCAGCACGGCUUUUGGCUGUGUACAUAGGGUGCUUUAUUCUCCACAGUGAUACAUGCUAAGGUGGGUUGGGCUUGGGCCACUGUCCCCGUAUGUACAGAACUGAAUAAAGUGGGUCUCUGAGA